CAUUAUUCUGUGUAACUUGGCUCUGUUGAGAGCUGAGCGGAGUUUCUCCUCCCAGAGCUCCGAGACUGACCGAGAGACGCUCCGGUCUUUACAGGUCUAUUCACCGGGACACAAACCAGAACGGACACCGGAAACCAGAACAGGGAUCAGAAACCAGACAGGAUCAGAGAUGGACAGCUGUCGUGUGCCCCUGCUGUAGGUCAGUGAUGGCCGUGCUGCUUCCUGAAUGUGGAGGAGACCAAGUCAGGUCCAGACUCCAUGUUGGUCGUCAUGGCCUCGCUGGAUGGAAGCACGCCGGUUGAGACGCUUCUAGUAGCGAUCCAUCUGGAGAGGUAUGUGGACACUUUUCGUCGAGGCGGCCUCCUGUUGGCCAGAGACUUCACACACCUGGAUAAUGACGCCUUGGUCAGCCUGGGUAUAACUGCCACAGGACACAGGAAGAGAAUCCUGCGAUUGGUCAGUCACAUUCAGAGGACAGAGGGUCAAAGAGUCAAUCAAAAAGCUGAUCUCCUACGUACCCGCUGUCAGUCCGUUUCUUCAUCAGAGCAAGGUCACAGCUCUGCAUCAUCAACUGAACCUGUUUACUUUGAGGCGCUAAGGAACAGCUCAGCUCCAAACCUCACUGCCAUGCUGACCAACUCUGACAGCAGCAAACCUGUGGUAAAGCCAGUUCCCAAACCCAGAACUGUCUUCAAUCGCCGCAGGACAGCGCCUAUUCACUUCUGUCCAACACCAGACCCUACACCGCCACCACCCAGGAGGCUUUCCCAGGAGUCCAUCUGUUUUACUGUGUCAGAGGGUUUGACUUCUGGGGACCCGCCCACAAAUGAUGACAGGUUGACCUCUGAUGUCGAGGACAAGUUGACUACACCCAGCCGAAGACCAAGCCAGACAGAGAGGAGGAGGCCGAGUUGUAGCUUGUCUCUGACAGAUGCUGGGGGAUUGUUACCUCCUGUGCCCCCCAGACUGUACCGCGGGGUCCCUCCCACUGUGUUGCAGGAGUCCCAGUCCUCCUCUUCUUGUUCGUCACCUGUGCGGACAGAGCAAAACCAGACACUUCCUCUGACUUCCUGUCCUGCUAGUCUUGACAAAAGCAGGCUUUCUGAAUCCUCACCCUCUGGUUCACCUAGAGGUGGUGGGAUGGAGAUGGUCUCUAAUGAGAUCUACUGGGGUACUUUACCUGGUUCUACUGCCCCCAGUGGAGCAAAGAGCUUCUGCAGCCAGCAAUCAGCUCCUCCAACUCCACCAAGACAAACACCUGACAAGAACCAUGAGAGGAAUAGUGGUAGCACUUUAAGUAACAACUCUUCAGGAUCAGCCAGAGCUUCAACAGAUGACUCUGAGGAGAUCAGCCCGUACUGUGAAACUGUUUUCCAACCCAGAAGAAAUCCAGUCAUACUUGAGAGUGAAAGGAGCAGACUGGAAGACAGAGAGAUGAGGAGGGUGGAGGAGAAACAUGCAGAGGAUCAUGGGAAUCAGAAGAUUUCCUGGGCUAAACGUUUGUCUCAGGCUCUUCACUCUGGAGACUCUCAGGGUUACAGCACUGUUGGAGAACCUCCACCUCCCAUCCGCUGCCUCUCCCUGCUCCCCCACACCUAUCCUUUAGAGGCCGAUGAGGAACUGACCAUCUCCCCCUAUGCCAGCUACACCUCUCUGACCGAGAGAGCCCCACCCAUCAUCAGUGGCUGGCUGGACAAGCUGUCUCCACAGGGGAACUAUGUUUUCCAGAAGCGCUAUGUGAAGUUUGAUGGCAAGAAUCUGAUGUACUUUGGCAGUGAGAAGGACGCCUACCCUAAAGGAGUGAUCCCAUUGGCUGCCAUCCAGAUGGCCCGCCCAGCCAAAGACAAUAAAUUUGAAAUUGUGACGAAUCAGAGGAUCUUUGUUUUCAGGGCUGAAAAUGAAGUGCUGAGGCGGCGGUGGGUCGGGACGCUGCAGGAACAUGUUAGAGAUCAGCUGGUGUUCGGCCACCGGCGUUUUGGUCCCGGAUCACACUGUCAAAAACACGGAGUCCUCGAACUUAAAGGGACAAAAUCUAAAGUGUACGCUGCCAUCAACACAGAGCAGAUCUGGCUCUACAAGAGUGAACAGUGUUUUCGUAAUGGAAUCGGGAUCACGCUGAUCGAAGCUCGCGGAGCGACCAUCAGAGACGGGAAGCACAAGAGCUUCGACCUCAUCACUCCAUACAAAACCUUCAGCUUCACAGCGGAGUCGGACCGGGAGAAAAGGGACUGGAUGGAGGCACUGCAAGAAUCGAUCGCAGAGACCCUUUCAGAUUACGAGGUGGCUGAGAAGAUCUGGUCCAACCGAUCCAACAGGAUGUGUGCUGACUGCAAGGCCCUGAACCCCGACUGGGCCUCUAUCAACCUGUGUGUGGUCAUCUGCAAGAACUGUGCAGGGCAGCACAGAAGUCUGGGGACGAUGGUCUCCAAGGUUCAGAGUCUGAAGCUGGACACCAGCGUGUGGAGCAACGAGAUCGUCCAGCUGUUCAUCAUGCUGGGGAACGACCAGGCCAAUGAUUUCUGGGCGGCUCAUCUGUCUCUGUCAGAGGAGUUGGACUGCGACGCCUCACCUGAACAGAGAAGAGAGUUCAUCACCCAGAAAUACAGAGAUGGACGAUACCGCCUGAGCCACCCAGCAUUCAACAGCCAGGAGGAGCUGCUGAAGGUACUCUGCUCUGCAGUCUCUGAGCAGACUCUUCUGAAAACAGUCACCCAGAUUUUCUCAGAGGCAGAGUCAGCUCGCCUGGCCAACCAUGCCAACAGCAGCCAAAGAAAUCAGCAUCUGCUGGCUCACUGCACCGCAUCAGACCCCAGUGUGUACGAUGAGAUCAUGCAGCCUGUCCUUCACUCUGGUUACCUGUACAAGUCCAGCUCCAUCCACAGAGGAACGCUGUCCAGGAAAACAAGAGAAGACUUCCAGAAGUUCUGGUGUUCGGUGGAUCAGUCUCUGCUCUUCUAUGAGUCAGAUCGGUCGGCUGAUCCCUGCAUGCAGAUCAGUGUUAAAGACAUCGUGUGUUUGGGCGUCAGUCGACCCGACUCCUUAAACAACAACAACGGCUUCAUCGACAGGUUUCGUUACACCUUUGAGUUGUAUUUGACGUCAGACAAACUUUAUCAGUUUGGUUUGGAGACAGCCGACACUCUGCACAGCUGGACCAAAUCCAUCGGGAAGGCUGCAACCCCCCUCAGCUGUCACUGCCUGCUGACUCGGGAGUUCGAGCGGGUCGGCCUGCUGCGGUACAGAGCCAUGUUGGACCCGCAGCAGUGGAAGGAGGCUUACUUUGUCCUACAGAAGUCCAACCUCUUCAUCUGUCCCUGCAAUGAUGGAGCGGCGGAGGACAUCAUCAACCUGAACCGCCUGCAGGAGCUCAGUAUCACCUCCGAGACUGAAAACCACGAAAAGAAAGACAUCCUGGUUUUAGUAGAAAAAGGAAGGACUCUCCAUCUGCAGGGGAUCGGCCGGACAGAUUUCUCUCUGUGGUACACGGACAUCCAGCGAGCCGCUGGCGGCAAAGGAAACACUCUUAGGGAGCAGCAGCUGAGCAGAAAUGACAUCCCCAUUAUUGUGGACAGCUGCAUUGCCUUCAUCACUCAGUACGGUCUGGGCCACGAGGGAAUCUACAGGAAGAACGGGGCCAAAACCAGGAUCAAACUCUUAAUAGAAGAGUUUCGCAAAGAUGCUCGAAACGUCAAACUGAGGAUCGGAGACCACUUCAUCGAGGACGUGACGGAUGUCCUGAAGAGGUUCUUCAGAGAGCUGGACGACCCCAUAUUCAUGUGCGAACUCCACCCGCUGUGGCAACAGGCCGCAAAAAUCCCUCAGAAGAGUCAGAGGUUGGACCGCUACAAAGAGAUCAUCCGGAGUCUUCCCCGAGUCAACAGGACCACUCUGGCUGCUCUCAUCAGUCACCUGUACAGGGUCCAGAAGUGUGCCGAUCUGAACCAGAUGUGCACUAAGAACUUGUCGCUGCUGUUCGCUCCCAGUCUGUUCCAGACCGACGGGAAAGGAGAGCAUGAGGUGAAGAUCGUGGAGGAUCUGAUAGACAACUACCUGUAUGUCUUUGAUAUCGAUGAGGAGCAUAAAACGCAGAUCGAGCUGGAGAUCAGCCUCAUCACCAGCUGGAAGGACACUCAGCUUUCUCAGGCCGGAGAUCUGAUCAUCGAAGUCUAUCUGGAGAUGAAGAUACCAGACUGCUGCAUUACUCUCAAAGUGUCUCCAACCAUGUGUGCCGAGGAGCUGACCAAUCAGGUUCUGUUCAUGAGAAAUGUCCCGGCCGGAGACAAAGACGUGUGGAUGACUUUUGAGGCCAUCGAGGACGGACAGCUGGAGCGUCCGUUACAUCCCAAAGAGAAAGUCCUGGAGCAGGCUCUGCAGUGGUGUAAGAUGGCCGACCCAAGCUCGGCCUACCUGAUGGUGAAGAGAGUUCCUAAAGGAGAAGGCAUCAACAUCCUCACCUCCUAUAAGAGUGAGAUCAUGAAGAUCGGUCUGUUGAAGUGUCGUGAGGAACCUCCAAAACUCCUUCAGGGAAACAAGUUCCAGGAGCGAACGUUCCAGAUCAAAGAGCACAAACUGCUGCUGCUCAAAGACAAGAAGAGCAUCAAACCAGAGAAGGAGUGGUCUCUGAAGUCCAUGAAGAUCUACAUUGGUAUCCGCAGGAGGCUCAAAGCUCCAACCAGGUGGGGAUUCACAGUGAUGUCAGACAAACACCAGCUCUAUCUGUGUUGUAGCUGUGAGGCUGAACUGUGGGACUGGAUCACCAGCUUCCUCAGAGCUCAGAACGAUGACCCGGGUCCUCCAGUGCUGAGGCGUCACUCCUCCUCAGAUAUCUCCAAACAGAAGUUUGGCACGAUGCCUCUCGUCCCCAUCAGAGGAGACGAGAGCAACAGCAGCAUGUUGUCGGCCAAUCAGACACUGAGAAAGUUACAUGACAGAAGGACUCUCUCCAUGUACUUUCCCAUGAAGGUGCAGCAGGACUCGUUCGAGGAGCGUUCGGAGUCUCCAGACCUUCCUGAGCCACUCUAUGAGGAGGUAGGGGACUUUGGCCUCCAGGUCCUAAAAUCUCUAGAGACCAGCUUCCUGUCCAGCCAUGCCUCUGAGACCCAGGAAGUCCCAGACCACCCACCACUCAGACUGGUUCCUGUGGACCACAUGACUGACCCUGACGUGCUCCAGACCAGCAGUGACUCUGUGGACCCUGUAGAGCAGAGUGGAGGCAGCAGUGGUGGUGGCGACGGAGAAACAGACUGCAGCUCUCUGGACUUGAAUGCCCCGCAGCAGCCUGCCGUAAGGAGGAGGCAACAGCUCCAGGGAAUCUGUACGCCAUCACAGGAACUGCUGCUGCAGGAGCUGUCGUCUGCUUUCACCAAGAAGGCCGAAGAGGAGGAUGAGGAGGAGGAGGAGGAGAGGCCGUAUGAUGUCUGAGAGACAACAGGGUUUUACCACAGCUCAGCUAAUUCUGUGAAAGUUUCUUCAAAUUCUGGUGGAGUUAAAGGGAGAAUCUUU